UCACAAGUGGCGUGUAAGGUAGAGACGAUCGAUUGUGGUUCAGUCAAGUCAAGCUGGGACAGUGCUGUGAUCAGACGAUCCUGUAGGUACUACUGUUAUCUGUGGACGAUCUUAUGACGAAGAAAGUUUUACGACGGAGUUUUUACGUGAUUUAUCAAGCUGAAGACAAAUUGGAAGUGUUCAUGAACUUCUUGAAAGCAUCCUCAAAGUUGCUGGUGGACUCGGCACUGCGGGUCACUGGAGGCUCGGCCGCUGAGGAACGUCCGGUCACCCUCUCCGAGUGUCACGAUAGUCAUCUCACCGGCCACUGUCCGCCCAGCGGGACGCCGCCGUGAGAGCAAUGAGAGCCGGUGGAACUGGGACGGACCGCGACGGACUGGUGUGCCGUCCACUGACCACCGAUGACGAUGACCUCCGAGGUGCCGGUGUGGGUGGACGGCGUGGAGAAGUGGGUGACCGGCGUCGGCCGGAGGACCACCUGCGCCGACCUGGUGCACGCGCUCCUCUCGGCCGAGCGGCGCCAGACGCCCUCCGAGCACGAGGUGCGAGCGCACGCCAUCGUCGAGCGCUGGAGACAGGUGGAGCGGCCGCUCGACCCCGCCGCGCGCAUCCAGAAGGUCUGGAGGACAUGGGGCGAGGACACGGCAGAGGUGCGGUUCACGCUGAAGCGGGUCGGCCCGCAGACGCCCAAGGAGGUGAAGGCGCCGCGGCGCCGGCAGCGGCACCGGUGGCGCAGCUCCAGCAGCCUGGAGGCCGUGCACCCGCGGAAACUGGGCGCAGAGCCGGACACCGUGCUGCGAGGGGACGUGGUCGAGCGGCUGAUGCAGACCAUCCUCGUCCAGGGAGAGACGAUCGCUGCCCAGCUGCGACGGCUGCACGAGCGAGAGGACCUCAUCGGCUACUACGAGCACAAGAUGCACCGGAUGAGGGAGGACGAGCACGGGGCGGACUACCUGUUACGGACCUACCUCCGCGACGGCGAGCCGGCGGAGGCUGAAAAGGCGAGCCACGACAGCGGCGUGGGUACCGAGCUGGGCGCCGACGCGCCGGAGUCGCCGCGCCGGGACGUCAGCGAGGAGGAGGCCGUCUCGGACCUGCGGCAGACGCUGAUGUACCUGGAGCGGAUCGUCGAGCUCAACAGCCGCAUCGCCGAGCAGGAGGAGGCGGCGCUGCGACUGGGCCACCGGACGCGCCGCGCGGCCGCCCCCACCGCCGAGCCGGCCGGCGAACUGACGGCGGCGCGAGCCGAGGUGGCGCGCCUCGCCGCCGUCUGCGCGCAACAGACGGCCGAGAUCGAGCGCAACGAGCGCGCGCUCACCGAGUGUGAACGGCUGCUGACGGAGCGGCGCCACCGGCUACUGCAGCUCGAACGGGAGCUGGACGACGCCGACGGCGAGACGAGCCGGCUGCUGGCGGCGCGGCUGGCCGUGGCCGCGCAGCCGGGUCACCAGCUGCCGCCGCCGCCGGGUCACCAGCUGCCGCCGCCGCCGGCCGAGCCGCGCUGGACCAGCCCCUCGCUGCCCCCGCCGCCCGCGCACACACCGGCGCCGGCGACCGGGACGCACAAGGACACGUCGGGCGGGGACGGUGACUCCAACUCGGACACGGGACUGAGCUCGCUGCACAGCAGCAGUGACGAGGCCGCCGCUGGGUACGUGCUCGACACGCUAGUGUGACGCGCCGUGACGCUCGUGCGGCGCUGCGUGACGUCUGCGUGACGCUCUGUGAUGCGCGUGCGGCUUCCCCUCGCCAGGGCAUUGUGAAGCGGGACGGAGGGGGCUCUCGGGUGGUCGGCACUGCAGCGAAGGCGACGCUCCAGAUCAAUGCUCAACGCUGGAAGUGCUCGAACGUACAACUUACGGUCUGCCGAUGUGUCUUUGCACUAUAUGUUUGUCGUGAAAUGUGAAAAUAUAUUGAUCACUGCGUGUCCCA